GUAUACAUUUACGAAACGGCGUUGAACGUGUAGUAGCAGCUUCGUGUUGUUUUAAACUAGCUUUUAAAUAGGAUAUUCUUGUUGUUUUUAUAACAUUCAUGUGCCUGCUAUUCAAGAGUGUCGCUAGCCAGCUAGGCUAACAAGUGAUGUUGAGUGUGUCAUCAUGUCAAAGCAGCCGCUGGGAAAGACACUUUUGAGGAAUGUAAUCCGCCAAACAGGUGCCCACAACAAGAUCCAGGAGGAGACGGAGAUGUGGAAAAUGCGAAGCUGGGAGGUCCAAAUGUCCCAGUGCAAACAAUCGUCCAACACAGAGAGUGUGAGGGGGCGAUUGCACUGUGAUCGAGUGCCAGAUCAAGGCAGGGACCUGAGUCAGAGCAGAGUCUCAGAACAUGACGACAGAGAGACUCGUUACUGGACUCGCAAACUGUAUGAAUUUGAGGCCAAUGAUCCUGACAGGUGGGGACACAGUGGCUUCAAGGAGCUUUAUCCAGAGGAGUUUCAAAAUGACGGUGAAAGGAACAGCGGCAGAAAGAAGAUUGCACGCCACAAAACGUCCAAGUCUGACAAGUCCAAGUCUGACACAGAAGCAAGCUUAUCAAAACGAUCAAAAAAAUGCUCCAGAAAAAAGAAAAAGAAGAAGAAAGAUGAGGACAGAAGGCGUAAGAAAGCGGACUGCUCGAGCAGCGGUGAUGACAGCAGCACGACCAAAGACAAGCAGAGGAGGAAAAGGACUAAAAGCCGACAUAAAAACAAGAAAAAUGCAAAAGCCAGAAGGAGAGAAGAGGACAGCAGCCCAGGGGACAGUAAUGAUGAUGAAGACAGGGAGAGAAGGACUCGCAGUCGCAAAAGGCGAAAGCAGGACUCCCCCAGAGACUCGGACUCGGGGCCGAACUUAAAAAAGAAGAGGAGGAAAAACUGGAAAGCAGCAGAUGAGGAGAGCUCACACGAUAGUUCUGGAGACUAAGGUUUACAGACACGAUGGGACCCACAGCUCAGGUAAAGAUCAGGAAAACUACAACCUAUUCUUUUGUUCGCCUUAACUUCUCAGAGGGCUUUCCUGCGCCGGGCCGUUCUGUAUCUGUUAGACAUCAGCAGACCCGUGCUGUCGGGGGUGCUGGUGCUGCAGCAACCUCAUCCACCUGUGCGGAGGCUUAAAGCACAGCACAGCAGUGCAGACAGCGUGAAGAAGGGUGAGGAUGAGGAGGGGGAGGGGAGGGGAGGGCGGUAUCCAACGCCUGCCUCGCGAAGAACUCUGUCAGCUGCAGGCUCAUUGAUUUGAUCAUUGACUCUCGCCUCACGAGGAGAACGUCCUGUCCUGAUCUGACCAUUGUUUCUUUUUUUUGUAGAACAUUUUUAUUUAA